GUUCGAUCCACACCGAGUCGAGCUUUUUUGCCUUGGCUUCCCGGUCGUCGGCCGGCAUAGCAACCGUCCGAUACGCCGACACAGGCGACUCCUCGGUCCAGCUCGUACAACCAUCAACGUGCAUCAUGGCGAUCAUGGCAUGGAAUCAACCAAGCUCUAGGCUAUCGUAUUAUUCACUAGAUCACUUCCCUAAGCUGGUCUAGUAUCAAGCUCACACAUCGUAAUAUGAGCGUUCCUCGUACGAGACGGCCGAGAUGUCAGAACUGCCUGUCCAUAGGUGUGAGCCAUGGGUCUUCGUCUGGCGUCUGGUAACUACCUGUCUCCGUUGCACGGGAGACCUCUGAUAUGUUUCUUCACCAUCCGCACCCUGUGUCCUUGCCAGAUCGACUGCAACGUGUCUUCAUCUGCAUGUACGGGACCGUCAGAUUCGACUUCCACCUCGAGGUCGAGAACGACAUCGAUACCUCAAAGGGAAGACAGCCGUUCUGCGACCUGUGAUCGCUGUGGACGCCUAGGAUUACCUUGUAGAUGGCCUCCAAAACGUCCGGGUCGUCCGCCAGGCCGGUCGAAGGUAGUGCCAGGAUCUAAUCACACUCACAGUCGUAGGCGUGAUGCCGUGUCGGGACCUCGAAACACCACGACGAUAGAAGACGGCUCGGCCUCCGGGUCUACCGAUGUUACCAAGGACGGACAAGGAAUCGUGCGAAACUCAUACUCCGCCUCGACAGAAGCAUUAGCAGCGGCAUCAAGCUCAAGGGUCAACCCGGCAAACUCAGAACUACUACCUAGUCAGCCUCGUCUGUCCAAUGGUACGCUAUUCAACAAUGCUGUACUCGAUGAAGGAGGUGCGUUCGACCUGCAGAGAGACAUGGACGUGGAUGGCGAUGGAAGGAGUGGAGGCAAUGAUAUUAUUGCUUAUGGGAAUCUGGGCCGGGGAACCACGACUAGUACCACCACCAACUACCGAUCGACGACAGAUAGCCUCAACAGUAAGGACAUAGUUGACUCCAACCCAACACAUUCCAAGACAACAAGGACGUCAGAACCACCAAUGGCCCGAAUCCCAGCUGGAAUCGAUGUAGCGGACCUCUUGGAGCCAUCAAUACCGGGAAAUCACCAGACCGGUCAAACAUAUCGACACCCGCAGACAUCAUCGCAGGCUCAGUCAUUCUUACAAGCACGAAAAUCGUUCUCCUCGAUCUCGGGAAAUGGUGAGAUGCGAACUGAUGAUCCCGUAGGACUGGGGAUCCUGAGCUGGGCAGAAGCAGCCGACUUAUUUGCUAUAUUCUACCAGAGGUUGAACCCUUUGAUAGCGCUACUGGAUGCCGAUCUACACACUCUUGCAUCGGUCCAGCAACAAUCGGCUCCGUUGACGACCGCCAUCCUCUACGCCAGCUCUCGAUUCUGGUCUCCCUCGAAAGCUGCUCCCUGUUUUCAACACUUGCAGACCCUCAUCGCCCGUUCGAUCAUAGAGGGCGCCUUCGAUAUAAAGCUGGUUCAAGCUAUCAUGAUCAGUACCUUUUGGAGGGAUCCGGGAGAUAGAUCGGCUUGGGUCAAGACGGGCUUGGCUAUCAGGAUCGCUCAGCAGUUGCAUUUGCAUUUGUCAUUGGGCGAACGAGGGGCGGCGGACGAACUCGAGGCGAGGCUGUUGUUAGAUAGACAGAGGACCUGGAUAUGUCUCGUGUGUUAUGAUAGACAUUGGUUGUUCGAACUGCCCGUCGCUAUCGAAGACGAUCACGCCGCCAUCGCGCGAGAAUGGCUCGAGGUCCUUCCUGAAUACCAUACCCCGGAAGACACGCAUCUCGCCUGCACCUUGAGCCUUGCACAAGCGGCAAACCUGUUGGCCAUAUCUACGCAUUACCAGAACGGCGCGUCCGAUAUCGUUGAUGCGGCAUCAGCCAUUUCACUACGUUCCGCUGAGAGGCAUGUGCUAUCACAUCGGCACGCCUGGUUCAGUCAGCCGAGCCGAUUGACAGUCACGUCGCAACUGGACAUUCGACUCGUCUCUGAGUUUGUGCACGUUUACAUCAAAGCGAGACAGUCACAGCAAAACUACACGUCAGACAUCGCAUGGAGCGAAUUCAUCAUGGCUGUCUCCAGGAUGGUGGAAGCCAUGACCGAGGCAGCCGAUGCCGGUCUAAUAUGGUUAUGGUUCGAUGCGAACAUCGCAACGUUUCCUCCAAUAGGAUUGCGACUGUACAAAUAUGCGACUGAAUUUGGCGGACAGGAAGAUCUCGUGAUUCAACUACUGGGACAGAUACAUCACAAUUGUCGCAACGUAGAGGGUCUAGGCGGAUCGCCAUCAUGUACCUUGGUUGGCAAGUUCUUCGGAAGGCUUGUCGAGGCCAUGAGAAGUCGAACGCAAGCGGAGGGUCGGAUAGAGACAGACACCGGCUUGAACGGUCCUCCGUUCGAUUGGACUCUGACGCAAUUCGUGGGUCUUUAACGAUCGACUGCGAUACGACAUAUGGGUGAUGGCGCUCAUCUGCCUUGAAUUUCGCAUGAUCCAGUUUGAGGCCUAUAGCUGGAACGACGCUGACCUUGAUCGGUUGGUGAAUGACGACGAGUUCUGGUCCAGUCUAGGCUCAUAG